CCUUCUCCUUUCCUCACUCUCCUCCUCUCUGCCUCGCCACUUUCAUAGUGCAUCUUUUCUCUCAUUUGCAUUUGUUCCGCUUCCUCGUGACAAGAAACAGUUCACGUCAAAGAGCUGUGCAAGAAAAUCAGAUUGGAGAGGGACAAACGGCCUGGAUGUCAGAACAGAUUGAAAGGAGCAGGUUUACUGAGGAUGAUGCUGUUCAGUGUAGAGGACUUUCCUAGCUGGAUAAUUGUUGCUGAUUGAACUGCAAAGCAACAAGGUAAUUAGAGUCCUGGCACUGGUACAUCACGACAGCAGCAGUGUUACCAUGGAGACUGGCAAGCCAGGAUUGGCGAGUGCUCCAGUGCACAUCAACUCCGUUGCAGCGCAGACAGAGAAAAGGAUGGACAUCCAGGCCCCGCUGACGGCUGUUUACAUCCACACAGUGCCUGCUCUACCAGCGCAGCCUUACCCCCAUCCUCCUCCAGCUGCCCGGGAGCCAGCCACACUCCAUCUGGCCAUGCCGCCGCUUUACUCCAAGGAGACGCUUCCCUUCCUGACACUCCAUAUUGCUGGUGGGCUGCAGUCUCAGCCGGGAUUGAGUCUGGCAGCUGCUUCUCCUGCAGCCAGACCCAAGUCGGCAGGAAAGCACGUGUGUCCUCACUGUGGACGAGACUGCAUGAAGCCCAGUGUGCUGGAGAAGCAUCUCCGCUGCCACACCGGGGAGCGGCCGUACCCCUGCACUACUUGUGGAAUUUCUUUCAAGACUCAGAGCAACCUCUACAAACAUAAGCGUACUCAGGCUCAUGCCCGCCUCUCGUCUGAGUCAGAUCAGAGCAGCCUGGGCAGCCUAGACAGCAUGUCCAGCUCCAGAGAGACUUGUACCUCCAGUUUGUCUCUGGACGAGUCAGGCAGCAUGGAAAAGGAUGCCACUCUACCUGUUGCUGAGAUCACCUGUCCAGUCAGCACUGUUAGGGUCUACUCUGUAAAUAUGCAUGGUUCUGUCAGGGAACAGAAUGAGGUGACCCCUGCAGAUCAUAAGACCAAAGAACCAAAUGAAAGUGCAAAGGUCACAACAGCAGGUGAAAAACAGAGGAUGGAAAAUGAAAAACCUACGCUGAGUCGACAUCUUCCCCUUCAGAGACAAGAAGCCACCCUGUUCUCCAAGCAGUGGGAGAGCUCUGUAUCCAGAGGAAAAUCGCAGAGCCAUGAGAGCACCGACUCAGGCUUCAGUGAGAGCAGUGACCACUACCCAAGCCCUGGCAGCAUUUUACAUGAUCACAGUAUGGAUUCCCUCACUGAAUCCACCAAGGAGCAUCUUGAGGAAACCACCAACAAACAAACACUGUCAGAACCAGGCCAAGGUGAACAGGAACAAAAAGACACUGCAAGGGAGCAGGAGCAAAAGACACUAGAGGAGCGUAUAUCUAAGCUAAUUUCGGAGAAUACAGCUGUUGUUGAGGACAAACAGCUGGAAAAUGUAAGGCCACGGAAGACAGUUCUGUCAAAGCAGGGUAGUAUUGACCUUCCCAUGCCAUACACAUACAAGGAUUCCUUUCACUUUGACAUGAAGAUGAAUAAGAGUCCGAAUGUUGGGUUACAAAGAAACAGGAACCCUGGUUUGUACAGCUCUGUGCCCACUCAGCAUUCCAUCACCACGGAGCAUGCCCCCUUAACCCGCAGCAACUCCCUCCCUUUCAGCGUUACCCUCCUACAGCCUGAGAGGAGCACCCCAACCUCCUCUUAUCAGAGUGAUUAUGUAACACUCGCCCGGAGGGGAAGCUCUGGCCAGAUCAAUCCAACAGGUUUUGCGAUCAAGCCUAUGAACCAGCAGUCAUCCACCCACCGCCCACUGGUCCGUCAGUCAGCCGUAGACUGCAACCACGCAACAGACGGUCUCUGCAUGAAUUCAUCUGUGGAGGAGGCGUGCACCAGCAGUCUCAGCUGCGAUGGGGAUGGCGGUGACAUUUGUGGAGAGCCAAGCAACAGAAAGUUCCGGAGGAAGAAAGCACAGAAGUUUGCCUACAACAAGUGGUACGUGUAUGGGGGAGGGACUUUUAAGAAGCUCUACAAUGCUGAGAAAGGCGGGGAUGACAGUGUUAUCAAAGGCAGGAAAUGUUCAACGAACCCAGAGCCUGAGGUUGUUCAGGGCUUACAAAAAAGGUUGUCAGAGGUUCAUAAGGAGACAGUGGCAACAACAGGCUCAGCAAUAAACUUCACAAGCAGCAGUGCAAUAGCGUGUCAUCCAGACUGCCCUCCUGCCAAACUAUCCCUCGUCUCUGCUGUGGAUUUUAAUCUAAAAACCGGCCAGCUUCAUACAUCAUGCAGCUCUCUCAAGAGCCCACUACGGAGAAAUCUGUCUUUGUCAGUACUGCCAUUACCUUUAAUUGGAUCACUGGUUAGCCACAAAACAGACAGAGCAGAUGAUGGGAGAUUGAUUAAUGAAGACAAACAUACUGACUUCAGCUCACAGCUCUGUGGAGCCCAUAUUCCCUCUGACAGGAAAAAGCCAAAAACUGAUGACAAAAUAAUUUGCCCUCUAGAGAUGGAGACCGACACAAACACACUGACUCAUCCCCCUCUUUCUGUCACUGGCAUUGCACCUCAGCAGGAUACAAAUCUCAGUAUGAACAACCUUCAAAAUAAUCUAAAACAUACACAGCUCAAAGGAGCUAUCUUCCCACCACGCAUAAUCAAUGCAAAUACAUCAUCUGUUAGCACCUCCUCAGCCACUUCCACCCCCUCUGCUGCCAAGACCAGCUUCCUGCCCAAAUACCAGCUCAAGUUACCUAAUGCUGCUGAACCUGAUUCAAAUCCUUCACCGCAUGUUGUGGAUAAACUGGCAGAAAGUGAUGGCAGUAAUUUCACCUCUGCUCUGUCAUUUUCUCACACUGAGCAAACCCCACUCUCAGUCACAGCUUCUGAAAAGAAAUGUAGUGAUCCUGCCACCUCACAGUUGAUGCAGAGUUGUGAUAUCAAAAAGACAAAUGCUUUCAGCUCCACAGAAGGCCAGCUCCUCUUGCCUUGCACAGUCACUACCCUUUGUCAGACUGAAACAUCAAGUCUCAAUAAAAAUGUAUCAUCUAGCCUAGCUGUAGUGCACAGGCAAUUUGCAGCUACCACAAUAACCACAACCUGCCUACAAGAUUAUCAAGGAGGAUUAUGCAGCACUUCAAUACAGCCCUCACAGUCUGCAGGAGGCUUGGCACCUAGGCAGUUACCCAGACCUGUUGCACCUGUGGUUGCGAACUUCCCUGCUACACCUAACAUAACCACAGCAAACAAUCAAACAUCUUCCACCGUCAUCACAGCUGUCUCACAAGGUCAACCUAACCAUAACCCUCCUUCGUCACACACACAACUCUCGCCAGCAUCCGACCUGUUGAGCCCUCUAAACCGGGCACGUACCAGCUCUAACACCCCAGUUGUACCUUGUCACAUUGUACCGUUUGACCAGAUGCAGCCAGCUGCUCAGAAUGUGUUUCAUGUUCACACAGCAGACCUCCAGAUCUGCCUCCAGAUCAUAUCUGAUGAGCAACUGGCUCUCAUUGAACCCCAGAUAGAGAGGCAAGCUGGCAAUACCCUCUCACAGAGACGUGAUACGGAAGCAGUGGCCCCGGGAGUGAUCCAGAAUAAAGCUCAAAGCUCCAUCACCAUGGAAAGCAGCAGUGAGGGAAGGGACCAUCAACAGCCAGGACAUCAAAAGGAGUUGGACCAAAGUGAGACUUUGGAGAGAAUUAAACCUUCAAUGUCUGUACAGUUUGGGAAGGCAGAGCCAAAUCUCCACUCGACUGAACACAUAAUUUCCACACAGGCUACAGUAUCCACUGAAUCAGAAUCUAAGCCUUCUGAAGCACCAGACUCGUCACAACGCCCACACAAAUACAGUCACGUAAACAUGGACACAGAGACUCAGAGGCACACAGCCGAUGUUAUGUCAACUGCUGCUUCACUCAAAGGUGUAAGGUCAGGUAGGAGCCAAACUUCAGAGGAGGAACAUACACUUUCUCAGAACCAUUGUGCUGAUGAGCAACCUUUGCCAGACAGGAGGGUCAGCCAAGGUGGACUGGUCUCUCAAACACUCUCUGGCCAACACAAGCUCAGCAUGACCUCUUUCUCUCCCAGCACACUAAAUCAGAAUAGCAAGAGAAGAGAAAUACUGGGAAAUGAAAGCCAACACAAACUUAAAAAUCAAGGGGCCACUUGUAAUGUAGGCAUGAUGAAAGCCAAGGGUGAAGCUUCUGCAUACAAAAGCAGCAAGUUGGAAAGUGGAGAAACCCACCCCCCUCUGCUGGCUGGGCUUGGUCAGGCCUCUGGUGCUGCAUGUCCUGAUGAACUCUCUGGCUCAGUUUCUUCAGUUUCCAUCAAUAAAUGCAAAGCUCCGAGACAGCUGGACCCACAGGCAUCCAUUUACUGCAGCAGUCCAGCGGAAUCCACAUUAUCAGAGGCUCUGAAUUCAUCCAAACAUGCAAACAUGGGAUGUGACAGGGUGAGCCCUAUGGACAAUUCUGCCCCUACACAGGAAAUGACUCUGAGUGAAUCACAGAACGUAAUCAGCUCAUCCCACUCAGAAAAACAACUGGGUCAGUUUACUUCACUGUCUUCUAACAUCCAGGUGGAAAGACCUAAGGACAUCCCAGCUGUGCUUACAAGUAUUCAGAGUCCUGCUGCAGGGCUCAUAGAGGGAGACUCCCUGGCGGGGUGUGCAGACCAGAAGGAGCUGCAGACAUGGGGACAUGGAGGGACCCCAGAGCAGCCAGACAGCACAGACUGGAGGCCAAAGCAGAGCCAAGAGGCUGGAGAGACAAACCACCAGCGUGUGGAGGUGCAGGGUGCUGGGGGCGUGGUGGGUGAGGAUAAGAACAGAGGAAUAGAGACAGCUGAGGAGCCAGGACAGUCAGGCAAGGCCGAUUCUGACUGCAGAUACACGUAUUUACAGGAUGUGACAAAGCCAGAGGGAGAAGACAGAAAGGCCAAGGCGGAUUCCUUUAAAAACUCUUGGCUAUCGGAGCAGCAUCUACAGCAUCUUCCCCAGACACACUCUGGAAUGUCUGAGUACCCUCAACAGAGCGCUCAGCAAGCUCCGAGCACGUCAAAUAACCUUCAUCUACCUGCCAGCAGCAGAGAGACUAGCCUUUUCAAUUCUCCACAGCCCCUGAUGGAAAUGAACAACUUAUAUUUCUCACAACAGCACUGGGAAAGCAGCAUCCAUAACCAACGAACACAGAUCUUAUUUGAGCCAAGUCAACAUGUCAAAGCACAGGGCCAUUUAACAGAAACAGAACAUGCUUUUUCACAAACUGAGUCUGGCCCUCAACAGACCUUUUCACUCCAGGACCAAAAACAGGAAGGAAAUCAAGGAAAUCCUGCAGGCCACGACAUCCCAGCAGUAACCUGUAUGUUAGGCAAUCACAAAAGCCUCUUGCCUGAUGUCAAAACACUGUCCUCCACACACCUCGGCCAAGUUUCUUACUCUGUUCAAGUGAAUGGAGCUGCUCCUGGAUUGCCAGGGGACACCCAAGCCUCAAACAUGCUGGAUAACAGUACUCUACUGCCAUCAAAGCCUUUUACAUACCCCGAGCCUGCUGAUUACCCAGACACCAAGGAUAAGGCUCCAAAUGACUACACGAGUCAGAGCAGUAACUCUGGGAGACCUGACAUUACCAACAAAUACCAGUCUUUUUUGUUUGCUGGCCAGCUUCAGGGCUACCAGCCGUCCGAGUGUCUGAGCGGUGGAGUGAGGGCUGUGCCGAGCUGCCAGGACUACACAGAAGACACCAGCAGUAGUGACGAUGAAGGGAAACUCAUUAUUGAGCUUUAGGUGAACACACACAUACAUUUUAAAUCUUGCUGUAGAUAUAUUUUUUUCAGAGGCAAAAUUGCUCUUGAGGCAGAAAUAUAAUAAAAAUAGAGUUAAGUUAGUGGGCAGAGCCAAACAGCCACAUGUAGUUAGCCCUCAGUGAUUUCUUUGUUUUUAAUUACGAAUGAUACAUUAAAGGUCCAGUGUGUAACAUUUGGGACAAUGUAUUGGCAAGAAUGGAAUAUAAUAUUCAUAGGUAUGUUAUGUGUAUAGUCACCUAAAAAAUAAGGAUAAUUUUGUGUGUUUUUGUUACCUUAGAAUGAGCUGUUUUUAAUCAAACAGAAGUGUGUCAUGGAUGUAUUAAGGGAGAACUGGAUACAGCAUCAGAGGGGGGGCUGCAUUCUUUCUUAUGGAAGCUGCUCAGUAGCAUAUGAAGCCAGGAAAGUUUGAUUUGCUGGUAUAAAAUUACCCAGAUCUUUAGCAAGCGCAAUAGAAACUCUCACUGGCCAAGGACUGCUAACUUCCGGUUUAGCCCUCAACCUCGAACGGAGAUAAAAUGAUUUAAUCGGGUGGCUCUUCUGGACUUUCCAAAUAUUAUCGCACCAAAUGGUUGAAAUUCUGAUAAAAUAAAAAAAGUGUAUCCACUGUUUUAAAGCCGCUUCUUUCACAAUUUAAGAGUAUAAAAUUGGCUUCAAAGCCCGGCGCUCUUCCUGGGGAAUUGGGAGUGGGUCCUCUUGUACGAAGGCCACCAUGUUGAACCACCAUGUUUCUACAGUAGCCUGGACCUGGAAUGGACAAACCAAACACUUAGAUAGGGCCUUUUUUUAACAAAGUAGCCUACAAUGUAAACAAAAACAGAACACACACAACACCAAAACAAUAAAUAUAUUGUGAGCACCAAAAAGGUUACAAAGCAGCAAUAGCAAAAUAACAUCUAAGUAUGAUUCAUCAACUGGCUCAAGUCAAGUGACUUUUUGAAAGAAAUAUACUUUUGAUCUGUCUGAUGUUAAUGGGAAGCAUACUCCAAGCAGAAGAAUCUCUAGCCUUUACUUUAAAAGGUUAAUGGCCAACUUUGCAAGAAUAUUGUUAAUGUAGCUACUGAGGAUAAUGAAAAGCAGCCAAGUAGAAAAACUGCUCACGUCAGCCUCCUGGUUGUAAUUCCAAGUCUGACUGUUGAAUUUGAGCUACGAUAUCUCCCACAUGAAAAGAACCACAGAAAUCAAUGAACCAGGCAGUCACAAAACAGCUGCAAAACCACCAUUGCUGGCAGUUACAUCCAAAUAAAAUCAAGCAAGACAAAUACCGUCAAUUACCAUCAUUGAAAAGCAGCAAUGCACUGCUUGUAUCUGGUUUCACUUGUUAACAAACAACAGUAAUUUAACUUGUGUUUACCUGGUGUGUCUACAAAGCGGAAACACUCCCAAGUUGAAAUAAUUGGAGGUUUUCCCAUCAUUCCUAUUGUGCUGACAUGGUGUGAAUGCAGUAUAACACAUGCAGGGACUUGCCUGCAAUGCCCACAAUUCCCUGGCUUCAUUGAAACUCUGAAUAUGGAAGAAGAAUGGAACAACAAUGGUACAUUUACUUUCAUUUUUGACCAUGACAGUCUACAUUGAGUGCCAGCAGGUUAGCUCAGGGAGUUUGUUUUAGUAUGCUAGCUUAGUUAAUAAGCUAAAGAAAGUAAAGUCUGUGUUCGCUUUAACUGAAUGAAGGCCCCCAACUCACAACGAUUUCUUUCCUUUACUCAUCAUUUUUGAUAAUACCUGAAAUUAACUGUUACCAUUUAGGAAUCACUGGAACAGCAUGGGUAUUUUUUGUGUUAGCAGCUAACAUGUUAGCUCCCUCAUGUCUUUUUUUGCGUGGUGUGAUGAGUGUUGACAGGAACGUUGUGGCUCCUUCUGUUAUUUAACCCAACCAAUUACAUUAGUUCUGCCCCAAAGAUAUGUUGAACUUCCGUUCUGCUCACACACGCUUACACACACAUAAGUUACCAUAGUUUGUGUCUACCUUCCCACACCCACUCUCACCCCACUCUGUCUCAUAAACUGCAGUCUGUAUCACUCUGUAACCUUCACAGACAACACCUGUGGGUGUGAAUCAUGUACACAUGCUGCCAAAUAUCCAUUGAGUUGAUCUCUGCUGUCAAUCAGAUCACCCAGGUGAAGCAGGCAUUGGCUGGAGGGCCAUGACCUUGUUCCAAGUCUGGGUUGUGUGAUGAGUCAGCAGCUAUGAAAAAGCAAAGGAGCUCACGGGAACAGGAAAUGGGUGCAUGUGAACAUUUUUGUACAUAAAUCCGCAAUUACAGCUCACGCUGACUUGGAACUCUCAGCCUAUUAGUGGUCAUAGAAUAUUUUGAAACUUUAUCUUUAAUGCAUCUGUUCAGGCUUGUUUGGGUUUACAUGCUGUUUGACACAGAGGGAGGGCAAGGGCACAAAAUGUUUACUUUGUCAAGUUACAAGCUGAUUUAUUAUAAUUAUUGUGUUACAAAUGUUAUAUUUGUUUUGUUUUCUAAUUUUAUAUUCUUGUUACUGAUUACACAUUAGUAAGCUAACUGACAAAACAAAUUAAGUCAUCUCAGAUUUAUUAAACAUUUUGUGUUUUCAACCGUUUCAACAAGAGGUAAAUUAAACCAUAAU